AUGCAACUCAAGGCUCUCCUCCUCGCUCUAACAGCAUCUCUAGCCGCUGCCGACUGGAUCGAAUACUGCCCCUUCGCCAAGGACAAGUCCGGGAUGCUCCAGCACCCCUACUGCUGUGACAGUUAUGGGCCGGCCCCAAACACGGAUUUGGCGAUGGAGGGGUUUGGAUGUCAAGCGCUCGCGGAUCCUGCUCCCAGUUGUCCCAAUGGUGCGGCUGUGGCGUGUUGUUAUACUAUUAACACGCAGUUUAUCUGUACGGCUGAUGGGGUGUACGAGGAUGAUUAA